AUGUCUUCCUUCCUCUGGCCUUCGGACUUCCGUGCUUACAAGUACCGACUCUCCCUUGCAACCAUUGCCGACGCAAUGAACAUCGCCGAUUGUGCAUUUGUGCGGAUCUCGUCACUCCUAAAGGAAAACGAUGAGGCACACAACCACAACGCCACCUUCUCCCUCGAUGUCGCGGAUGGGAUUACCAAGGACGUUGAGCCCACCAAUGCCGCUCAAGAGAUCCACCAAUGUAACCCCACCCCUCCCGCCAGCGUCGUCGAGGAGUUGGCGCUCACCAUUCUCAUUGCCGACGGCCGCGACGACUCCUCGAUCUCUUCUUCCGAUACGGAGACUCGUGUCUACUCCCAUGUAACUCCCAUUACGGACAUCUUUAAAGACGAGCCCACGUCUUCCAUCACCAAUCUCCACGACAAUCCCUCGACCUUCUCUUCUGAGGUCCACGCCUACUAUCAUUCUGCUUCGCUUGUCGACUUUGUUGAGAUCAACACCACUUCCGCCACACGCAGCAAUGUUGCAGAGCCAGUCGACGACCAUGGCGUAUUUGUCGGCAGCGUCGACUACAACGAGUUUAAGCGCUUCCUGGAUCAGGACCGGAUGUGGGGUAUUCAUCGCCCCGCGACUUACAAGCCCUUGAUCCGUUCUUCGAAGGCAGCCCAGAAGAAAAACGUCCUGCCGAUCGUGAAGUCGGAUGAGAAGAAAGAGAAGAAAGUCGCGGCCAGCCACAUUGUCUCCACAAUUAUCAAUGCGCCGGAAGGAGCUGCCGAUGCCCCUGCAUGCACCUCAUCCGAUGUUCAGAAGCCGGAUGACAUUACCUCUGAACGCGUAAGGAAGCUGUCGACAGACAAGCUGGCUGUCGACUCCAACUACGGCAUCCCUACCAAAGCGCAACUGCCACCUUUUUCCAGCGUCUACGAUUACGGCUACAUCAACUUCACACAAGAGUAUCUCAAGGACCUGUGGAUCAUGACCGUUCUGCAGCAACCCGGAUACCCUUUCCGGUAUGCCAGGUUCAACUGCGGCUUCUGGUACAUCCUUGAAGACCGCAAGAACGUGCGCAUGAUGGUUGAACAAGAGUACCAAGAGUUCGUACAAUGGAUUUCCAACAAUACCGCUACCGUCGCCAUCCUGGCCAAAGCACCAGAAGUCAACCCCAACAGCCGCCCAAAGCAUCUCAGUCCAAAAUGGACUCCCAGACCCGCGGAUUAG